CAAACACAGAAAAAAGUGACCUUUUCCAACAAGGCAUAAGCUGUUUUUCUCCAACCCAAGUCAUCCUGUGGAAUAAUUGGAUCAGCUUUGCCCACUGGCAGACCUUUUGUCUUCUAUGAAUCAACAUGGAAAGGAAUCUUAAGAAUGUUUUGGUCAUUUCUUUUGGAUUUUUACUACUUUUUACUGCUUACUCAGGACUCCAGAGUCUGCAGAGCAGCCUCAAUGCAGAAGAAGGCCUGGGCGUUGCUUCCCUAAGUGUUCUGUUUGCUGCACUCACCUUAUCAUCCAUGUUCCUCCCCCCAAUCAUCAUCAAGAAGCUGGGCUGCAAGUGGACCAUUGUGAUCUCUAUGUGCGGCUACAUCGCCUACUCCUUAGGGAACUUCUAUGCUAGCUGGUACACACUCAUCCCUGCCUCUGUGAUCCUGGGCACAGGAGGAGCACCACUGUGGUCUGCCAAAUGCACUUACCUCACUAUUGCUGGCACUUUGUAUGCUGAGAAAGCAGGAAAAAAUGCAAAAGACAUUAUCAACCAAUAUUUUGGGGUCUUCUUUCUCGUGUUUCAGACUUCCGGCGUCUGGGGAAAUCUUAUCUCAGCCUUGAUACUUGACCAAUCUUCCAACAAAGUGGAGAUCACAGAAGAAGACCUGAAAUGCUGUGGAGCAUUCAACUGCCUGACUGGUACCACUAACUCCACUGAGUCAGCAAGACCCUCCAACUCCUUAAUCUACACAUUGGUAGGGAUCUAUACUGCUUGCGGUGUGCUAGCUGUGUUGCUGGUUACUAUAUUUCUGGACCAGAUCCAAUCUGACCAAGUAGAGACUGAGAAAGAAAAACUAGAAGCACCAUCCUUUUGGUCUACUUUCCUAGCGACUUUCCGGCAUCUUAAAGAUAAAAGACAGUGUCUUCUAAUCCCUCUGACAAUGUACAGUGGGUUUGAACAGGCAUUUCUUACUGGUGACUACUCCAAGGUAUAUAUGACCUGUGCCCUGGGGAUACAGUACGUUGGCUAUAUGAUGAUCUGCUUUGCAGGUGUAAAUUCCCUCUGCUCCCUGCUCUUUGGAAAGAUCUCUCAGUUCACGGGUAGAAAACUUCUAUUUGCAUUAGCCGCAGCUUUGAACACAGGCUGUAUAAUAACACUACUGCUGUGGAAACCUCAUCCCAAGCAGCUUGCUGUAUUUUUUGUCAUCCCUGCUCUUUGGGGCGUAUCUGAUGCUGUUUGGCAAACACAAACUAAUGCAAUCUAUGGCAUUUUAUUUGAGAAAAACAAGGAGGCUGCCUUUGCGAAUUACCGUCUCUGGGAAUCAGUUGGAUUUGUCAUCGCCUUCGCUUACAGCAACCUGUUGCAAGCCUACGUCAAAAUGUACAUUUUACUGUCUGUGCUUGUGCUGUCCAUGGUGACCUAUGGAGCAGUGGAAUACCUCGAGGCUAAGAGCUCCCCCAGGACACCUACUGCUGCCAAGAAGGAAAAUGGAAAAUCCCCCUCUCAGGAAACACACAUGUAAUCCAACAGGGUAAGAGGGAUGGAGGCAAAGCAAACUGACCAGCCCUUUACAGGCACAUCUCCAAGGGCGUUCCAGUGUGUACCGUUUCCUGGAUGGUAAAGGAACAGAUUUCAAGGCUGUUAUAAGUCAAAUGUCUUAGGAAUAAAAACCUCCUGUGAGAUCUCACCUUUAUAAGGGAAGAUUAGCUGUUUACCGUUUAA